AACUUUUUGGCAAAAGUUGGCUAAUGCGUUUUAAUCAGCGCACUCUGUUUGCCAAACGGUGUCACAUUGCCCUGCUAAAACAGUUGAUCAUAAAAACGUUUUUUGGUGGUGCUCCUCAAAGUUCCUCAAAAAAGGAACUUGCAGGAAAAAUGGUGGUGACGAAAAACGGACACACGAUCCAUCCCUGCAUCAAGGAGGUGAUUUUCGUGACUUCCAGCGUGCCUUCUUCCUUACCAAAGCCGCGCACUUCAAGAAUAUCCGAGCUACCUUCCUUAAGGUACGGCCCUGUGGGGGCCAAAACUUCCCUAACUGGCCCUUUGAGAGUUUCGGGCAACUGCCGCUAUGCACAGCAUGCUAGAGAAGCUAGAAGCGCCUCUAUGGAACGGGACAGAGACAAACCCUCCAAUAAACCGGCUCGAAGAGUACGAUUCGCACUACCGCCAGCAGAUGGGAGUGAGAGUGUGGAAAACCGGGCGGAAAAUAUCGGCACUUUCCCGCCGCGCAUUUCAAGCCGCAUUUUCCAUGUAAACAGUGAAAAACCGGUCAGUCAACGACCGGCCGCGAAACGAUCAACUCCGAAGACAUCGUCGGACCCGAGCGCCGAAAAGUUUAGUUUGACGCGACGUUUCGAAAGGUUUCGCAAGGAACGUCUUCAGAAUCACUGGCAGGAUUUCGGCGAGAAAGUUGAGGUGCCAGUCAGCUUCAGUCCAGACAAUAUUAAGCUACGUGGCCUCAAAUGGAACGAUUGACUUGCUAGAACUGAUGCUUCAAGUGCCCGGUUUGGAUCCAAAUAAGCCGGACAAUGAGGGCAACACCCCGUUGCAUUUCGCUGCCCAAGCUGGGCAAGUGGAAUGUUUAAACUGCCUGGCAAGCCGAUGUCGAGGUGUGGAAAUUGACGCCCGAAACAAUUUAGGAUUCACCCCUCUGAUGAAGGCGGCUCUACAAGGAAGGAAUAAGUGUGCCAAAUUACUGUUAUUCGCUGGAGCAAAUCCAACCCUUAGGGACAAUGGUCGAAGUUUGCGAGCAGACGAAUGGGCCCGAUUUUGUGGACGUUACGUUUGUGCGGAUGUUAUAGAAAAACACGCCCGUCAGCGGCUCUUGGAGCGAUCCACCUCUUAUGGAAACUGGGGAAUGGAGCACGAAAUGGGCAACACCGUGAUCAUGGGAGGCAAAGUGAUCCCUCUGCCUCUAAGUUCGCCGCCACCUUCAAACGGUCUAAAAUCCAAACUAAAAAAAGUAUUUCGAACGUCUUCCGGACCAUCCUCAGACACCUUUUCGACGACGCGAUUGGUCACGCAAUUGACGACGGCGGCGCUUUGCGCCAGUAGUCCAGUUUUUCCUAUCGAGGGGUCGGUUUCGCCAAUGGUAAAGUCCCUGUUGAGGCCUUUAACAGUACCGCGACUUCAGAUUACUCUUGUGAAUAACAACGGCGACUGUCCGAAUAACAACUUAGAAGAUAUGGAUAAAUGCGAGAGGAGCGACCACGAAGACUCGAAUGGGGAGGCGAAAACAGUGUCCAGCAAUGGAAUGGUCAAUCACAGUAAAAGUGAAAUUAUCAAACCGGCCAGGAGCAAGAAGAAAAAAUAGCAUCAACUGAAUUAAAAUAAUUACUUUAGGGAGUGGAUUUGCAGCAUUAAGCCAUUGGUUGGCCUGAGGCUUCAAACCCAACCCAGCACAUCUGUGAAGAGACUGCUUGAUUAUUAUAUAAAUUAUAAUAACCUUAACUCUAGACUUCUAGCUAUUAACAAGAUGAACAUCAAAUUAUGUGCGUCAACUCUGAAAAAAAUCAGUUUGUGUGGUUUACAAAGGGAUUUAAUCGCAAGACCUUUUGUAGCUUGGUAGAUAUAGCCUACCUUUUUAGCGGAGAUUUUGAGAACAAGUAUUGUGUUUUUCUAUAACAAGCCUCUUUUGAUAAAUGUUUAUACCUAUUUGGGCAUUUUGCGUUUGUGUAUACAUGGAUUAUUUAUAGCUAUUUAUGCUCUCAGAUUUGUUACCAAAGACGGAUUAGGAUCAAGCCGCUCUUAAGCCCAGUUUUAUCGUGGUGCCUGCUUGAGGAGCUUUAGAAGCUUAACCAAAUUUCUUAUUUUUUCCUCUUCUACGGUAUUUCCUGUGAAAAACCUUUAUACAUAUUUAUGCUUUAUCGGACUAUUGAUUCUUUUUGCCUGUUUCACUUGCUUGCAGCAGAAAUCAUCAACUCCUCACAGGCACCACAGAUUGAACCUCAGCUUCAAUUUACCAGCGGCAUUUAUAUCCGAAUUAUCAAUAAGCAACAACGCAAUGCUGAUUUUAGGUUGUUUUGGUGGUUCAGCCAAGUGAGUUUAUUUGCGUUGCGAACUUGUUUCUCUCCACAUGAUAUGUAACGGACCAAAGACCUAUUUUUUAAAUAUACCCGACAAAUUUCGUCUUCUUCUUACCUAAUUCAGUAGGGAUACUUUAUCGAUCCUCAUAUACUUAACUAUUAUCAACUGCAUUAUUAUAAGAGUAUUGAAAAAAUAUCGUUUAAGCUGCUAUGUACAAUAUACCAACUGUUUAUAUUAAAAUAGAAUUUAAGACCCUGUU